ACACGGACUCUGGCGAGGAAACACGUGUGCAUGCAACGUGCACACAUUCUGGCUCCGCCUACGAGAUCCGUCGGGUGGUACCUCCGCGUUCGACAGUCAGAGACCGUCUACCACCUACGGACAAUCACAACAUCCAUAGCCAAGAGAAAAAUUUCUCCUGGGAUGGGACUCGAACCCGCGCAGCGCACGGCGACUGAUCAGGAGACCGAAGAGUCUACUACUGCGGCCACCGCUGCUGCCUGCGUAGUCUUAUAUUAGGUUCCAAAUAAAAAAACUCAUAUUUCAUAAGUUUUAUUGUAAAUGAAUUCCCGAGGUAUUCUCAAGGUUACCAUCAAUAGUUGUAUAAAUAAACGCAGGCUGAGCUCAAUCUUUUUGCUUUCCGU